CAACUCAUCUUCUCCUGCAAUUUGAUGGGUUCAGGCCUUUUUUCCACCGGCAUUUCUACAUGAAGUCAUAAACACAUUUAAUAAUCGCAUUCGGAAUGGUUUGAUUCGAGGAUUUCAGCGUCGGUCGAGUUUGAGAAAUCACCGGUGAAAGUUUAGGUUUUGAUUGACCAAAAGGGCCGGAGAUUUUUUUCGGAAAAAAGGAGAAGAUUUGAAGCGCUGGGUGCGAAUCAGUCCCGGCAGAUACCGUCCUCCGUCGGGCCGGCCGGUGGUUCGGGUUCAAAGAUAUGGUCUUUUCUUCGCCCUAGUCCACCUCCGCCUUACUCUCUCCACUACCUGCCCCCAAUGGAUUUCGUGCAUCGCCACACCACGGCUCCAGAGCAGCAGAAUCCACCUCCGCAGCCGUCCACUUCUGUUUCACCCUCCCCAGUCCCUCAUCAUGCUGUGGAAGAGCCCGAGUACUUGGCCAGGUAUAUGGUCGUUAAACAUUCAUGGCGCGGGAAAUACAAGAGGAUCUUGUGCAUAUCCAAUUAUACUAUAAUUACUUUGGACCCCUCUACUUUGUCUGUGACGAAUUCAUAUGAUGUCGGGAGUGAUUUCGAAGCGGCCCAGCCUAUAAUUGGCAGGGAUGACAAUUCAAAUGAGUUCAAUAUAAGUGUGAGGACUGAUGGCCGUGGAAAGUUUAAAGCUUUCAAAUUUUCAUCCAUGUAUAGAGCCAGUAUUUUGACUGAGCUGCAUAGAAUUCGUUGGGACAAGCUUGGUACAAUUGGAGAGUUUCCAGUUUUGCAUUUAAGGCGGAAAACUUCACAGUGGGUUCCAUAUAAACUGAAGAUUACAUAUGUAGGAGUUGAAAUUACUGAAUUAGAAUCAGGAGAUCUUCGUUGGUGUUUGGACUUUAGGGAUAUGGGUUCUCCUGCAAUCAUUCUUCUGUCUGAUGUUUAUGGGAAACGAAAUGCUGAAGCUGGGGGCUUUGUUCUUUGUCCCCUUUAUGGAAGAAAAUCUAAAGCUUUCCAGGCAGCUUCAGGGACUUCAAAUGCUGCUGUAACAGCAAAUAUUAUUAAAUCUGCCAAAUCUAUGGUUGGGGUUUCAUUAUCAAUGGACAGUUCUCAAUCACUAACUAUAUCCGAGUAUAUAAAGAGAAGGGCAAAAGAAGCGGUUGGAGCAGAAGAAACUCCUCUGGGUGCUUGGUCAGUGAUAAGGCUGCGUACUAGUGCACAUGGGACUGUAAAUAGUCCUGGAACAAGUUUGUUGGUUGGCCCUAAAGGAGGCCUUGGGGAAAAUGGUGAUGCAGUAUCUCGUCAACUUGUUCUAACAAAGGUUUCUAUUGUUGAAAGGCGGCCUGAGAACUAUGAAGCUGUAAGUGUUCGACCUCUAUCUGCAGUUAGUGCACUUGUUCGAUUUGCUGAGGAGCCCCAGAUGUUUGCCAUUGAAUUCAACGAUGGAUGCCCUAUUCACAUCUAUGCGAGCACAUCCCGAGAUAGCUUACUUGCAGCAAUUCGUGACAUGUUGCAAACAGAAGGGCAAUGCCCGAUACCUGUAUUGCCACGGCUAACCAUGCCUGGUCAUCGAAUUGAUCCUCCUUGUGGCAGAGUUCACUUACAAUAUCCUGUGACACCUAGCCCUGUUGCCGACUUGGAAACUGCAACCAUGCACUUGAAGCAUUUGGCAGCAGCUGCUAAAGAUGCUGUAGCCGAGGGAGGAUCUAUUCCUGGAUCGAGAGCCAAAUUGUGGCGUAGAAUAAGAGAAUUUAAUGCAUGCAUUCAGUAUGGUGGAUUACCUCAUAAUAUUGAAGUACCCGAGGUCACACUAAUGGCUCUUAUCACAAUGCUUCCAGCUGCUCCCAAUCUCCCCCCUGAGUCACCUCCUUUGCCACCUCCGUCUCCUAAAGCAGCUGCUACAGUGAUGGGUUUCAUUGCAUGUUUGCGCAGGUUGCUUGCAUCAAGGAGUGCUGCUUCUCAUGUGAUGUCUUUUCCAGCUGCGGUUGGGCGCAUCAUGGGUCUUCUGAGAAAUGGCUCCGAGGGUGUAGCUGGUGAAGUUGCAGGUUUAAUUGCUGUACUUGUUGGUGGCGGUCCUGGGGAAACUAAUGCACUUACAGACACCAAAGGAGAAAGGCAUGCAACAAUAAUGCAUACCAAAUCUGUAUUAUUCGCUCAACCAAGUAAUCUUAUAAUUCUCGUGAACAGGAUAAAGCCUAUUUCUGUAUCACCCCUACUGUCAAUGUCGAUAGUUGAAGUUCUUGAGGCAAUGAUUUGUGAACCACAUGGUGAGACAACUCAAUAUACAGUUUUUGUGGAGUUGCUACGUCUUGUAGCUGGGUUACGUCGUCGCCUGUUUGCAUUGUUUGGACAUCCUGCAGAAAGUGUGCGAGAAACAGUAGCUGUCAUUAUGCGUACAAUUGCUGAAGAAGAUGCUGUUGCAGCAGAAUCAAUGCGUGAUGCUUCUUUACGAGAUGGUGCGUUGCUGAGGCAUUUGCUGCAUGCCUUUUAUCUUCCCGCUGGUGAGCGCUGUGAAGUCAGCCGACAACUUGUGGCUCUUUGGGCUGAUUCUUAUCAACCUGCCCUUGAUUUGUUAUCUAGAGUUUUGCCUCCUGGCCUUGUUGCAUAUUUGCACACAAGAUCUACAAGUUCAAUUGAAGAUUUACCUAAUGAUGGCUCAUUGCUAAGAAGGAGACAAACACGUCUCUUUCAACAGAGGAGGAUACAUCCUGGAAAAGCCAUCACAUCUAAUGAACAUCCUUUCCUUAAUAACUAUGGAAUUGGUGAUCAACCACGGCAUGGUAGUAUCAUUCCUUUCAGAAGUCAAGAUGGUUGUCAAAAUGCUACUGUAGAACCAACUCCUGGACAGGUAUCACAGAUUCAUUCAGCUGCAGGCCAUGUGGGUGAAAACAUCCAAACUGACACAUCAACUACAGGUAUCCUGCACACUGAUCAGUCUGCAGCUGUUUCUUCUGCUGACACUCCUUCAACAAGUACAUAUGAGUCAGUAGAACCAACUUCUGAUGCGAGCAUGGUUUCUCAGAAUGCAGGGCUUCCAGCUCCUGCUCAGGUAGUUGUAGAAGAUGCAACUGUAGGAUGUGGGAGGUUAUUAUUGAAUUGGCCUGAACUUUGGCGAGCUUUUAGUCUUGAUCACAACCGUGCAGACUUGAUAUGGAACGAGCGAACUCGACAGGAAUUAAGAGAAGCAUUGCAGGCUGAAGUUCAUAAUCUAGAUGUUGAGAAGGAACGCACCGAUGAUAUUGUUCCUGGAGGUGCAACUUCAGAGUCUAUGACUGUCCAAGAUAGCAUGCCUCAAAUUUCUUGGAACUAUACUGAGUUUUCAGUUAGAUAUCAUAGCUUAUUAAAGGAAGUUUGUGUGGGUCAGUAUUAUCUUCGUCUAUUGCUUGAAAGUGGUAGCAGUGGAAGAGCACAAGAUUUCCCCCUGCGUGACCCAGUCGCUUUCUUUAGAGCUUUGUAUCACCGCUUCCUUUGUGAUGCAGAUAUGGGGCUUACUGUAGAUGGUGCCAUUCCUGAUGAAAUGGGUGCGUCUGAUAAUUGGUGUGAUAUGGGAAGGUUGGAUGGUUUUGGAGGAGUAGGAGGAUCUUCAGUUAGGGAGCUUUGUGCUCGGGCAAUGUCAAUUGUAUAUGAGCAGCACUACAAUACUUUAGGCCCAUUUGAAGGUGCCCCACACAUUACUGUUCUCUUGGAUAGAACCGAUGAUAGGGCCUUGCGGCACCGUCUUCUCCUCCUACUCAAGGUAUUGAUGAAAGUUUUGUCCAAUAUAGAGGCAUGCGUAUUGGUUGGUGGUUGUNAGUUCAUGAAGCUUCAGAGAGAACUGUUAUACCCCUGCAGUCCAACUUAAUAGCUGCUACUGCUUUUAUGGAGCCAUUGAAGGAAUGGAUGUAUGUGAAUAAGGAUGGUGUCCAAGUUGGACCAGUUGAGAAGGAUGCUAUAAGAAGACUCUGGUCAAAGAAGGAAAUAGAUUGGACCACCAAAUGCUGGGCUUCGGGGAUGACUGAUUGGAAGAGGCUACGAGAUAUUCGUGAACUUAGAUGGGCACUUGCUAUACGGGUACCUGUUCUCACUCCACCCCAGGUAAACCUAUGAUUGAUGUAAUCAACAUUAUGCAUUUAU